AUGUUGGAAGGUGCCGAGUUUCUUGGAAUUUGGUUAGCUGCUGAGGAAUUUAUGCUUGACGAUUUGGGUAGACAGGUGCGGGAUUUAUUCGAAAAAAAGUCGGAGCAUCUGAGACCAAAUUUUAUUCAAAUCUUUAAGUUAGUUUAUCAAAACGAAACAUUAGAAAGGUUUCGUACACAUUGUGUGGAUAUAAUUAAUACGACAACUUGGCUACAAGAUGCGUCAAUGCUUGAAUCAUUGGAUGAAUCAAUUUUCUAUAGUUUAUUUAAUGAUGAAGAUCACUUUGUUCACGACGGUAUCAUUUGGAAGAUAUUGAUUCAAUGGGCAUGUGCACAAACUCCAAAGUUGGACGCUAGUAGACUUGACCAAUGGUCUGAAGCAGAUUUUGAAACGUUGAAAUUAAGGAUUGGUCAUUUCAUACCUUACAUAAGAUUUUCCUUGAUCUCUAGAAAUGAUUUCUACGACAACGUAUUACCAUACAAAUCGAUUCUGCCUAUCGAUACUACAAGUAAUACGGCUUUAACAUUUUAUUCUUACCUUUUUGAUGAAAAUGGACUGAAUCCGCUCUCUAUCUUGGAGGAUUCGAAGGUUGUGAAUCAUACUCACAUAGCAAUGAUUGCAAGGUGGAUUGAUGCAGGUCGUGAAGGAAAUUUUGGUUCAUCUACAGCUGAUAGUAUACGCUCUUUUGAUGCAUCCAGUAAUUAUACCCUUGAUGAAACAUCAUCAAUCGAAGAGCAAGAGUCUAAUGCAGACUCAAAGAAUACGAAAUCUGAUGAAAAGGGUGCCAAGUGGAAGAUUCGACGAAUCUUAUCUUUUCGUAAAGGAAAACGUUCACACAAUAGCGACAUGAGAAAGAAUAAUAGUAAUAAGCAAAAUACACAUUCGGAUAAAAAU